AUGAAUUAUCAAGGAAGAAAACCAAAAAAUUUAUUUUUAUUUGAUGGUAAGCAUCGUGUUGUAUAUACAGAUGGUUCCUGUAUAAAUAAUGGACGAUUCGAUGCUCGAGCUGGUAUUGGAGUUUAUUGGGGUGAGGGUAAUAAUCUUAAUAUUAGUGAAAGAUAUGAUGGAAAACAAUCAAGUCAGGCAGCCGAAUUGGGAGCAGCUAUAAAAGCUUUAAAAAUUGCUGAAAAAAAAGGAUUUUUUGAUUUAAUUUUAUAUACAGAUUCUGACUAUCUUUAUAAAUCUAUGACUCAAUGGAUUUAUAGAUGGAUGAAAAAUGGAUGGCGUGAUGUUAGAAAUAGACCAUUGUCUAAUAAAGAUCUAUUUGAAGAGUUGUAUAAUUUAAUUGAAAAGACUGGUACUAAUAUAAGAAAAAUUCCAGCUCAUUCAAAAAUUGAUGGUAACGAACGGGCUGAUUCUUUAUCAAGAAGAGGAGCAAGACAGGACUAUCCAUCUGUUAAACUUUAA